GGUUGACUCGCGCGCGUCGUUCGUAGGAGUCGAGCAAAAAGGAAAUAAUUUCAACUUUUAAUAAAAAAAUAUAGCCGUCAAAAUGACUAGCAUUAGACAUCAGAAUUUCCGCAGCUUUUUGACCGAACGUUUUACGUCCGUGGCAGUGGAAAUUUUCGGAGAGGUUGAAGCUAUUAUCGAGGCGUACUACGAGGAAAACAAACGUCUGCGUAAUGUCCUGCACAUGGUGGUCAACCCCGAGAUAAAGUUACCGAGGAUAGAUGAUGAUAUUCAGCACACUGGAGCAACCCCAGGGAUGAGACGCCACUUCCCAGAUUACACCAGGGAGGAAAGCAUGGUACUAUCAGAGCCAGUGCCAGCAUGCCCUAAAGAAGAGGAAAUCGAAUAUGACAUAGGUUGGGGAUCAGCCCAACAACAACAACCACCACCUCUGGGGGAAGCUUCUAACAUUAUAACGACAUCUUGUGUAAAAGAUGAGCCAGACUCAGAGUUGGCUCCCAUCACUGAAUCCUGUCUUAUUGAAGUGGUAGAGGUUCAUCAGGACACUUCAGGCACCGUCUCAGCUGAUGAAGUGAUUAAUGAUGAAGAUGAUGUUUCCUCCCUGGACUCAGGUGCUCUAGCAGAUUUCCCACACCUAUCCAUAAGUGAAGACAAUUCGAAUGAAAGCGUGGAUUCUCAAAAUCGCAAUGAAAAGCCACAGAAAACGAAGCAGUGCUCCCAGCAGAAAACCAUACUAGAAUUACCAAGGAUGAUGCCCUUCAAAUCUGUCAUUCCUGACCUAUCUGAUUGUCCGUCCAUUUUGGAGAGGCUGACUGAAGCGUUCAAAGACUUUCCGGAAGACCAAAAACCUCUGAUAACUAAAAUGGGCAUCUGUAAAGAAGUGGACUUUGUGGAAUGUGCAUUCGGUAAAGUCCCCAAAGGUUCUCCCUUGUCCUACCAGCACCCUGUUCCAUCAAUUAAGGAUUAUCAGAUUCAUAAUGAUGCUCCCCCUCGCCCAGAGAUUCCCCUACCUCAACACAUAUUGGAGCCGUUAUCUGAAUUUCCGACCCUUAGCGCCCAAGAGCUAGAGCGUUUAAAGGCCAUGCAAAUCAACUGGGACACAGCACAAAGUCUGGAGAGUUCCACACGUCCUCCAAACGGACAGAAAGAGGUAGCCGAGGAAAUGCGGAAGCAGCGCCUGACCAGCCGUUUCAGAGAAAUCUGCAAAUUUAACCCUGGACAGAGUAAUGCAAAGAAUCUGAUCUACAAGAUUCAAAGCGGAGUCAGAAAGUGCAAGACAGCCCAGAUAGACGAGGAAAUGAAGGCUGAAGCACUACGGGAAUACUGUCGCAAUGUGUGUGUCAACUGGUCACCCUGUGGCCUGGUCAUUCACCCAAAUGCCCCGUGGCUGGGAGCGCUGCCUGAUGGAUUGGUGUACGACCCAAAGGAGACGCCCAGUUUUGGGCUGGUUCAUGUUAAAUGUAUCCAGUCCCGUAGCUUUGUUGACGGAAAGUUCCUAAGCUGCCAGGGUGGAAUGCUGCAGCUGAAGAAGGACCAUACUCUGUAUUGGCACGUCCAAGGAGAGAUGAUGAUAGCGGGCAUGUCAUGGUGUGAUCUGCUUGUAAUCUCCAACGAAGACAUACUGGUUCAACGCAUCUACAGAGACAAGGUCAUCAUCGACAUCAUGAAGAAGAAAUUGGAAGACUUCUUCUUCUACUACUACCUGCCAAGUCUAUUAUAAACUUAUGUGACAUUGCUGCUAUACACUCCAUGUGGUUCCCUUCAGGCUGUUGGUGUUAGGUUUACAGGUUGUAAAUUACUCUAAGACAAUCCUUUAGACUGCUGCUCAUAUGCUGCGAUCAAACAUUACUUUUUAAUUUUGUUUGUGGUUGUUAUGUCCUUACAUAUCUGCUUAAAAUC